AUUCUAGUUUGAAAUUAGGUUAUAAAGAAAAAAAAGAAAAAAACAAAAACAAAAACAAAAAAAAAACAAGUCAAAGAUGGAAGGAACUUUUAGUUUUUUUUAGAAAUCGGAUAUUCGAUGCGGCUAGAGAGCUUUCGAAAAGAGAAAAAGAGAAAUAAAAAACGAUCGAGUGGCGCGUUCGACUUAUUUUUCAAAUAUUUACUAUCUCUCUCUCUCUCUUUUUACCUGUUAAAACAAACAGUUAAUGUUUUUCUUUAGGAAAAAGAUUUACAAGUAAAAGUACGAAUGGAUUGCGCCAACGAUUUUAUACAUAUACAGAUAUAUAUAUAUAUAUAUAUCCUUUUAUCUCUUACUUUUUUCUUCGUUACAAUACACAUGUUUAUUUUCGAACUGUGUAUAGAAGUAGGAGUAUUUGCUUGUCCCCGAGGAAGUCGAGGUAAAUACCUUUCUGGUGACGACAGGGAAGAGAAUCGCGUGUCCUAGUUUCGUGAAACUCGAUGGACCACACGAUGCAUCUCUCUCUCUCUCUCUCUUUCUCACACAUUCACUCUUUCUCUAUACGGUAUCCCGAAGCAAGUGUUCGAUAUAAUACUACGCACAUAUACAUUAUAAUUGAAAAGACGGAACAGUCUAGGAGACAGGAAAGAGUGCGUUAUCGAGGAGAACUCAAAAGUGUUUGGAAGUUCUGCAUCGUAUCAUUAAAAAAAUCAGAAAGUGUUUUAAAGACGAAAAGAUCGUCGUGAUCGAUCGCCCAAAAAUAUCGUCGUUAAAGAGAGAUUUCUCGUAUAAUCGAGUUUCGAGAGAGAUUUAUUCUAUUGACGGCCAGGAAGAGGAGGCACCUAGAAAGUGCCAAUUAUUUUUCGAAAUCGUGGAAGGGAAUAAUCGAAAAACGGCGAACCAUUACGGAGCCAUUCAAUACGCAAGCUCGUACAGUAACGGUCGUACGGCAGCGAGCUUGUACAACAACAAUUGUUCUUCGACCACCACUUACGGUGGCUUCGUGCAGCAUCAACAACAACAACUUCACGAGGAUUAUCGACCAAUUUAUUUUUAUGUCGCUCAGCCGUACACGAUACCGUAUACGUUCGCGAAAAGACCGAGACCGAAUUCUUCUCUUCUUAGAUCGGAUAACAGGUCCAAUUGUCGCGUUAAAUUUUCCAAAAAAUUCGCCAACGUAGACUUCUCCCAAAAGGUUAAACAGGGAGAGUUCUCCAAGAGUCUCAAUCAAGUUCAUUUUGCCGAAGGCCAGGACCAAGGAUUUCCGCAUUUUUAUAAACCUGGCCAGACACCGCGCCAUCCAAGAAUGACGUCGAUGUUUCGAAGGGGCACCAUAUUCGCAACUUUCUUUCUCUCGUUACUCGGUGGUGGAUUGGUCUGUGCUGCUCUUGUUACGCAACACUGGGUUGAGGCUCGACCCUGGAGGACACCGAAUCCUCAGGAGAGUGCAGGAAGAGUCCAUUUGGGUUUAUUACAAGGUAAAAAGGAAUUGAACGUUGCUUAUGGCUGGAGGACCUACCACGUAUCAGUACCUCAAAUGUUACGGCAAGAUCCAACAGUAAUGUCCUGGGGACUUUGGAUAGGAACUUUAACUGCUACUUCCGCUGCAUUGAUAACUGCUGCCUUUGCCGCACUUUUAGCUGUGCUAAACACGGCAACCUCACCGAGAUCUAAAGCUCUCUCUGUACCUGGAGUUUAUUUUAUAAACAUUUUAGCGUUGAUGAUGUGUAUAACGAGCGUUGGUACAUGGUUAGCACAAUAUUACACGAGGCUAUACGUCAAUGUCCUACCAAAGGAAGACAUUGAUAAUAUGUGGACCAGUGAAGGUUCGGCCGAACUUGGUUAUUCAUUCUGGCUCGUUGCAACUGCUGCUGUUGUACAUCUUAUUAGUAUCGCAUUAGUUGGUUGGGGAUCCGGAAGAGAAAAAGACAAUAAUUUGGAACCGAUUCCUGCAUUAGAAGAAAAAACUGCCGCAGCAAUAAUGCUCUAUUAGAAUCAGUUUUUUUUUUUUUUUUUUUUUUUUUUUUUUUUUUAA